AUGAGCUUCGACCCUUGGGCCAAAUCGUCGUCGGAUAAAUUCCGAGACCUGGUGAACCGGCGAGACACCAAAAUCAAAGUCAGUUAUAUUAACUGGGCCGAUCAAUAUAUAUGCGUGUUUCUGGCAGACGUCACCAACCCAAACAAGGUCGCCUAUAUCAACGAGGUUUUGGUAAAAAAUGGAGACGCCGUAUGGGAGGAGGAGGCUAAGGCGCCGCCUCCAAUGUUACCAAAUUUACAGUGCAAAGUUCAAAAAUUGCAUUUGUUUCCGACAUUUCUUGAAUUGGAAUAUGGCCUUGCCCCCAAUGCCGCGGAAAUCUACUCUUUGGAAGACUUACUUGUACCCAUUCAGUUUUGUAUACCGCUGUAUUUUGAGUCUGCUCCAGAGGUAGACGAAGCCGCCUUUAAACAUGUGGAAACUUGCUUCAUCGAUACGGUGAAAUACCACAGAAAAUAA